AUGGCCUCCGUGGCCAACAAGCUACUCAGCUUGGAAAAUCUGUUGAAGGGCCUGGACCAAAGAAUCCUUCCCGAGCAGGACCGACCGUCUCGUGGGCGAUGCAUGACGGCCCCCGACGAUGAGUUUACACCCGAGCCUUCCAGAGCUGUCGACGUGGUCACUCACGAUGUUCCCCUGCAAGUACAUCAUAAUGCAGUAAUAAGUCCAGCCAGAGAAAACCCGGCCAAGGCUGCGAAUAUUGUUUCUUCCCACGGCCAGUCGCCCUGUGGACACAAAGCCGCGUCGGUUACAGCCCAUGACGAGGGCCGCUCACACGAGGGAUCGCCAUGGCUGGCGAAUUUUAUGGUUGACGACCAAGGCUCCAUUUCCGCACAUGGUCCCUCAUCAGCAUACCACUACCAAGACAAAUCUCCCGAUCAUGCCGGCGACGAUCCAGGCGAUGAGGCAGCACGAUGCAGCGGGCGGGAGGCGGCAUCAUCGUCCAAAGUCUCGCAUCCUCUAGAUCACGAGGACAUCCGCGUACAGCUGGUCGCGCACGCCGCGCUCGAGCGGCAAAAGGAAUCUGCGGCGCUGUUGCUCGGCACAUAUAGUUUUGAUGGCCUGGACUCCGAAACGGCCCAACAUCUCCUCCAAAUCCAUUGGAACCGCCAUCAUCUGCUGUUCCCAUUGACAUAUCGGCCCUUGGUCCUGAAAGACGGCGUAGAAGACGGAAGGUAUGCCAACAAGCUCUUGUGGAAUGCCAUCUUUUAUGCAUCAGCCCUGCACAGCACCCGACCACACGUGAAUGGAACAAGUCGUGGAGAUGGAGAGAGUCUCAAGGACCGGUUUUUGCGCCGGUUCAAAGAGUUACUCGCAGAUGCGCUGGAGAAAUCGACUCUACCAACCAUCAGCGCCCUGCUCAUCAUGGGAUCCAGCCUUUUAGCAAGCGGAUCGCCCACUGCCGGCUGGAACUAUUGUGGCCUGGCAUAUCGCAUGAUCAUUGACAUGGGUUUGCACCUGGAUCCCAGCAAGACCCGGCCUUGUCAACCGGUGUCCCCCAAAAGCCCCACCGUUAUCAGCUUCACCGAGGCCGAGCAGGAAAUGCGUCGACGCAUCUUCUACGGGGCAUACAUCAUGGACAAGUUUCAAUCGCUCUAUUUUGGACGGACCCCAGCUCUGCCUAUGAUCGGCACCGAACCCCCUCAGAUCUUUCUCGACACAUACGAAGAUCUGGAGCUCUGGGCUCCAUAUGUGGACACAUCUCUGGACGCAAACGAACCCUUUCGUCCCUACACCCCGCGACCACAACACCUUGUUCCGACAUUCAGCGCCCUGCUCCGGCUGGCAGAGAUCACCAAUGAUAUCAUUGCUAGGCUCUACAUGCCCUCGGCGGUGCAAAUGACAAGUGACCAGGCGGCCGAGUGCCUGAAGAGUCUGCGCAAAUGCCUCGAUGACUGGCACGAGAGCCUGCCGGCGUACCUGCAUUUCAGGCCGCUCGAAGAUCCGACGCCUACACCACAUCACCUGAGCCUACAUACGACGUUUCACGCCCUCAUCAUCCUCGUCCACCGGCCCUUCCUGCCGGAGGGCCACUUAACCUCACUCAAGGUAGGCAUCGAUGGAGUCUCGCUCGAGAAGACAUGUCUAGUGGCCGCGCAACAGAUUUGUCGCCUGGCAAAGGCAUAUGAGGAGGUUUUUGGGCUGCACCACGCGCCAUACCUAUUUUCUUACGCCCUCUUCUCGGCCGCUACUGUGGUAACGCGCCACGAGUCCGAUGGCGACCUGAUGAUGUACUUGUUCCUCGCCCUGAUGCGGAUCCAGCGCGGGGCCAAUUUCGGCCUCCUGAAGCCGUUGAUGAUCAUCCGCGAUCUGAUGGAGCGGGUCGGUGUCGACAUGCGCACCGUCACGGCUGCCACGCAAAGCCUCAGCCAACGACUCCAGAAAGAGGGCGAAUCGGCCUCGACGCCGGCGGUGCUGCCGACGAGUGAUCCUCCUCCUCUGGACAAUCACUUUGUCAACAAAUCAAUGAGUGGUCUGGAUCCGACGUGGCUCGAAGAUCUCGGUUCCUGGCAGACAUCUGAUGAUGAUGCCAUUCAGUGGCUAAUGGACCCACCGUACAUGGAAGACUCCCAGGUACUUUACGGAUUGUUUGAACCUGCAAACUGA